AUGUCGAAAGGUGAGACAUUGCUGCCGAUGGAGCUGGAAGACACCCGGCGUGCAAUGCGUAACGAGCGCAAAAUGUUACAGAUCACGUUCGUGGAAGAAUUUACGGCCACCUUGCUCGUGACGCCUCCAACCGAUGAGAGUCUGUCCCAGUUCGAACAGCUGUUGAACGAUGAUCGGCUGCGCCGGUUAGAGGAGCUAGUAGAGGAGAUGAAGCUGUGGGACAUCGCCACCACGAUCCCGGAACCCAAGAGUUUCCUGUACUACGCGCAUCAACAACCUGUGCUGGUGAAGAUGCUCGAGAACAGUGUCACGCUUCAGCCCUAUUUGGAGCGGUACAUCGAGCGUUUCCAUGCAGAGAACGAGUGUAUCGAACCGCGGUACAGCGCGCAACGCCCGGACAGGCAGGUCUCCAACGCUCCUAUCCACUACGCUAUCAACCAGCUGAAUGGGGACUUGCUCGAGUGGUUGCUCGCACGACCUGCCACCGACGUCAACCUUCGCAACAGCUUCAAACAAACGGCUCUGGCCGUACUGUGCGAGCGGUACGAUUCCUGCCUGCCCAAAACCCCGAGGUCUGAUCGGCCCGACGACCUCCUCCAGCGGAUACAGGCAUUGAUAACGCGUCUACUGCAGGCCGGCGCAGACUUCAACAUUUGUAGCCUACAGCUUAAGCUUCCCUUUGAGCUGCUACUCAAACACUGCGAGUCCGAUGACAAGACGAGGACGUUUGUGGAAGAUUGCGUCCGUCUGGCUCGGGGUGCUCUAGCGGUUAGCAGUACCAAAGAACACAAUAAACGGAUGGUCGGCUUCUACAACAGCAACGUGGACGUGCGACUAACCGAGGAGCUACUCGAGAUUUUCCUGCGCUUCAAGGAUCAAGAAAACUUUAUCUCAAAAAUGGCUUGCUUUGAAAUCGACGAUAGCAACACGAAGAAGGUGAUUAGACUGCUGCUGCAUACGGCCCUCGAUCAACGGCUACCCGACUGUGUGUUGCAGAUCCUAAAGAAAGCUGAUCAGUACAUCUUUAAGAUGAACGAAGUACCUCGUCGGCUCUGUCGAGGAGUGUCCAACGAUGGACGGCCAGGACAGAUCGAGCGGCAGAAAUGCUUGAUCCUGAAGCACCGUGUUGAGCUGAAAGGGUUGCUGAAAAAAGCGUGCCUUAUGGCUGACCUGUCAAUCGUUCAGUUACUGGUAUCGAAGAUCUCGGAUUUAGUGAUGCUAAACGACGACCCACUGCUGGCACUCACGCUUACCAGGGCGUAUGAUUACAAGCGGCGUAUUGAGGAUCGAAACGCGUUGUUAGCCUGUGCAGAGUAUCUCGCCUCUCAGCACACAAUUCACAUGACGAAAACGGACAAUUCCGGCAACACCCCGCUACACCUAGCACUCAAGUAUGGUUUCGAUUCCGUAGCGUUGACGCUGCUCAAGCAGCCCUACGCCUUCUUAGGCCAGCGGAACCGAGACAACCUUACACCGCUCGAUUACGGUACGUACGCGUUCUGGAAGUCGUACCUCGAUCACUGCAUCGAGGUGGACGUCGAGCGAUCGGCGGAAGAUCGCAAUGUGUUGCGCUUUAACCUCAAUGGCUUUGAGCCUCCAAAACCGAGCAAAUGGGCGCAGGCUGGUCCAGCUAGUCCGAAGGAUAGCACUUGGCAGCUGGUACAGCGUGCUGGAGCCGUUCGCACAAAGCCACGACGGUUCACUCGCACUAUCACCGAGAUGACGGUGUUACGCCAGAUCGCACACUCGAAGGAGUUGAAGCGGUUGUUGAUUCACCCGGUCAUUUACACGUUCAUCAUGGUGAAGUGGACACGGCUCUGUCACUGGAACUAUCUCAAUCUCGUGCUAACUGCGCUGACGAUUAUCUUCUUCGGUAGCUUCUCACUGACAGCCUGCUCGAGUUCCGGUCCCAACGAGUGGUUGCGAGGAUUCAGCGCUCUCGGAGCGGUGUUCGUGCUCGUCCGGGAACUACUGCAGCUGCUGUUCCUGCGCAAGUCGUACCUGUCGUUCGAUAAUGUGCUUGAUCUCGUGAAUGUCGUCGCAAUGAGUGCGGUGCUGGUGAACGGCUGCAAUGGGUUGGUGUCGUCGUUCACCGUAAUCAGCUUAGCCAUGCAGCUCACCUUUCUACUCGGUUCACUGCAGUCGAACAGCCUGGCGACGAUGAUGUACAUGUUCAAGACGGUGUCACAGAACUUCCUCAAGAGCUUUCUGCUCUUUUUGCCCCUGAUCUGCUCGUUCAUUUACGCGUUUCACCUCACGUACAAUGAGUCACCAGCUGAGGUUGAUGAUCGGAAUGCGUGUCAUGGUGAUGGGUGUGAGGAGGCGUACUUUAACCACUUCCACACGUUAUGGAACGCUACCGUCAAGACGCUCGUGAUGACGACGGGCGAGUUUGAGGCAGCUGCCAUCGAUUUCACCGGCGGCAAGGUGCUGCUGUUCGUUGUGUUCCUGUUCUUCGCACCGAUUGUCAUCCUCAACUUGAUCAACGGUUUGGCAGUUAGCGACAUCGCCGCUAUUCGAGAUGAGUCGGAGCUGAUCAGCAUCGGGAAGAAAGUGAUGUUGUUAGAGCGGUACGAGCGAGGUAUGGCAGACGUUUACCCUGCCUGGCUGCAGGGCUGCUUACCGAAGCCGUUCUUUACUGAGCAUUACUGCCGUAUUAACGUCAAGACGAAGGAGUUCCGCAAGAUCGAGGUCCACAAGCGAGAAACGGAAACGAAAUCAACGCCAGCUACCGCUCAGACUCAGGCUGCUAAGCCCGGCGGGCGAUCAAAAAAAGCGAAAGUUGUCACGCAAACCUUCAGCAAGUUUCCUUGGCUGCCUACCGGCGAUUGGUCGGAUGUGAUCGUCAACUUGAGGUGCUUCCGACUCACGAUGUUCAUGCGCUUGGACCAGUCCAUUCUAACUGAGGCACUCGCCAUCAUCGAGAAACGCCAGCCAAUGAUCGGCAUGACUGCUGUGAGCGCUACCCCAACCAGUACACCGACCAUGGAACCGGUAAUGGAACCCCUGCUGAACAAGGCAUCUGCACGACAGCAACGUGGGGCUUCGGUGUUGCCUGUUGGGCGGCGCAUGGAUAUGUCUCAGCGUGGAGACGUUCAUCGGGAACUGCAGGAGCUUCGGGUGGAAAUGCGCAAAAUAAUGGCCAUGUUGGAGCGCAAGGAGCAGCUCGGAAAGCGCAUGACGAUUUCGAGUGGGAAAUCGUCCAAACGCAAGACCCACAAAAGCCUUAGGAAGCGUCUAAGGAAGGCGGCCGCCGAAGAUAGAAUGAGCGACCAGUUUUCGUGAGUUGCCGUUGUUCCAGAUAGUUCCAGUGGUACUUAAGUUAAGGU